GAUCUCACAUACUGUAAUGCUGCUGUUAUGAGCUGCUCGCAGGGUUGAAGAUGAACAGGCUGAUUUUACCGGUUCUGUUUGCCGUUCUCUAUCAGGUGCAUACAUUGCCAUUGCACACUGAGGAAGAUGAGUAUCUUUUCAAAUCAUGGAUGUCUCAGUAUAACAAAAAAUAUGAGAUAAAUGAAUAUUACCAGCGGCUACAGACAUUCCUGGAGAACAAGAAGAAGAUUGAGCGCCAUAAUGCAGGAAACCACAAGUUUUCAAUGGGACUGAAUCAGUUUUCAGACAUGACCUUUACUGAAUUUAAAAAGUCCUACCUCCUGACAGAACCUCAGAACUGCUCUGCCACUAGAGGGAAUCAUGUGAGCAAUAACGCACCUUAUCCUGAUAUGAUUGACUGGAGAACGAAAGGACACUAUGUAACUGAUGUCAAGAACCAGGGAGCUUGUGGUAGCUGCUGGACUUUUUCCACCACAGGCUGUCUGGAGUCUGUCACUGCUAUUGCCACAGGGAAACUCCUACAACUAGCAGAGCAGCAGCUUGUUGAUUGUGCAGGUGCUUUCGACAAUCAUGGUUGCAAUGGUGGCCUCCCAAGUCAUGCCUUUGAGUACAUCAUGUACAACAAAGGUCUUAUGACAGAACAAGAUUACCCCUAUAAGGCUAUACAAGGUGAAUGUAGAUUCAAACCAGAGUUGGCUGCUGCCUUUGUGAAGGAUGUUGUAAACAUUACAAAGUAUGAUGAAAUGGGCAUGGUGGAUGCUGUGGCCAGGUUGAACCCUGUCAGCCUGGCAUAUGAGGUGACAUCUGAUUUCAUGCACUACAGAGAUGGAAUAUACACGAGCACCAAGUGUCACAACACUACUGACAUGGUGAACCAUGCAGUGCUUGCUGUGGGCUAUGCUGAGCAGAAUGGAACUCCAUACUGGAUAGUGAAGAACUCCUGGGGAACCAACUGGGGAAUCAAUGGAUAUUUCUACAUCGAGAGGGGAAAGAACAUGUGUGGACUUGCUGCAUGUUCAUCCUAUCCUUUACCUUUGGUGCAAACCAGUAUGUGGCAACCUAAACCCAAUGUCAAGAACCAGGGAGCUUGUGGUAGCUGCUGGACUUUUUCCACCACAGGCUGUCUGGAGUCUGUCACUGCUAUUGCCACAGGGAAACUCCUACAACUAGCAGAGCAGCAGCUUGUUGAUUGUGCAGGUGCUUUCGACAAUCAUGGUUGCAAUGGUGGCCUCCCAAGUCAUGCCUUUGAGUACAUCAUGUACAACAAAGGUCUUAUGACAGAACAAGAUUACCCCUAUAAGGCUAUACAAGGUGAAUGUAGAUUCAAACCAGAGUUGGCUGCUGCCUUUGUGAAGGAUGUUGUAAACAUUACAAAGUAUGAUGAAAUGGGCAUGGUGGAUGCUGUGGCCAGGUUGAACCCUGUCAGCCUGGCAUAUGAGGUGACAUCUGAUUUCAUGCACUACAGAGAUGGAAUAUACACGAGCACCAAGUGUCACAACACUACUGACAUGGUGAACCAUGCAGUGCUUGCUGUGGGCUAUGCUGAGCAGAAUGGAACUCCAUACUGGAUAGUGAAGAACUCCUGGGGAACCAACUGGGGAAUCAAUGGAUAUUUCUACAUCGAGAGGGGAAAGAACAUGUGUGGACUUGCUGCAUGUUCAUCCUAUCCUUUACCUUUGGUGUAA